GAGCCCGGCUAGUGGCGCCAGCUUCGGAAUUGGCGGGCCCCGUGUGCGCGAGGCCGAGAUCGCGGCGGAGAGCUCGACCCUCAGCAGGAGCUGGAUCUAAGGAUAUCCUUUUAUGGACAGAAGGUUUUCUUCCAUUGGUGGAAGGACUCAGAUCCAGUGGAGGUUGCUGUUGAAGGAAUAGAUUUUCAUGGAUCUCAAUAGUGCCAGUAACAUUGUUCUUCAGGUCUUGACCCAAGCCACCAGUCAAGAUACUGCUGUUCUGAAACCAGCUGAGGAACAACUGAAACAGUGGGAGACCCAGCCGGGUUUCUAUUCAGUAUUAUUGAAUAUUGUCACAAAUCACAACUUGGAUGUAAAUGUGAGAUGGUUAGCUGUGCUGUACUUCAAAAAUGGAAUUGACCGCUAUUGGAGACGUGUGGCACCACAUGCCCUUUCAGAAGACGAGAAAUCUACAUUGCGUGCAGGGCUUAUUGCAAAUUUCAAUGAGCCAAUAAAUCAGAUUGCCACACAGAUUUCUGUGCUGAUUGCAAAGGUUGCUAGGCUGGAUUGUCCUAGACAAUGGCCAGAACUUAUUCCUACCCUUGUAGAAUCUGUUAAAAUACAAGAUGAUCUUCGUCAACAUAGAGCUUUACUUACCUUCUAUCAUGUCACAAAGACUUUGGCAUCUAAACGACUGGCUGCAGAUAGGAAACUUUUCUAUGAUCUAGCUUCUGGAAUUUAUAGCUUUACCUGUUCCUUGUGGAAUCACCAUACAGAUACAUUCCUCCAGCAGAUUUAUACUAGAGAUGAAACGGCUAUGACUAAUUCAUUAGAAAGAACUCUACUAUCCUUGAAAGUACUUCGUAAAUUGACCGUUCAUGGUUUUGUGGAACCUCAUCGGAACAUAGAGGUGAUGGGAUUUCUGCAUGCAGUAUUUGAGCGGCUAAAGCAAUUUUUAGAAUGUAGUAGAAGUAUAGAAGCAAAUCAUGUCUGCAGAGAUCGACUAGAAAAGACUAUAAUUCUUUUCACUAAAGUGCUUUUAGAUUUCCUGGACCAGCAUCCCUUUUCAUUUACCUCUCUAAUUCAGAGAUCCUUGGAAUUUGCUGUAAGCUGUGUUUUCACAGAGGCGGGCGAAGGAGUUGUGUUUGAGCGAUUUAUUGUUCAGUGCAUGAAUCUGAUUAAGAUGAUUGUCAAAAACUAUGCCUACAAGCCAUCCAAAAAUGUGGAAGAACUAUUUAUUACAGAUAGCAGCCCUGAAACUCUUGAAGCUCAUAAGAUAAAGGCAUCAUUCUUCACAUACCCAACAUUAACAGAGAUAUGCAGGCGGUUAGUCACUCAGUAUUUCCUGUUAACUGAAGAAGAGUUAAUAAUGUGGGAAGAGGAUCCAGAAGGCUUUACUGUGGAAGAGACAGGAGGAGAUUCUUGGAAAUACAGUAUUAGGCCCUGCACAGAAGUACUCUUCAUUGAUAUUUUUCAUGAAUAUAAUCAGACUCUCACUCCAGUUCUUCUAGAAAUGGUUCAUAAACUACAAGGGCCCACUAAUAUGGAUGAUACCCAGACUCUACUAAUUAAAGAUGCUGUAUAUAAUGCAGUUGGCCUGGCAGCAUAUGAACUAUUUGACAGUGUGGAUUUUGAUCACUGGUUUAAAAACCAGCUACUAGCAGAAUUGCAAGUCACUCACAACAGGUAUAAACCAAUACGUCGGAGGGUGAUAUGGCUAAUUGGACAAUGGAUUUCUGUGAAAUUUAAGUCUGACUUGAGACCUAUGUUAUAUGAAGCAAUUUGCAAUUUGCUUCAAGACCAUGACUUAGUGGUUCGUAUUGAGACAGCUACAACUCUAAAACUUACUGUGGAUGACUUUGAGUUUAGGACAGAGCAAUUCUUACCAUAUUUGGAAUCUAUGUUUACCCUACUCUUUCAGCUUCUUCAAGAGGUUAGAGAAUGUGACACCAAGAUGCAUGUCCUUCAUGUUCUCUCUUGUGUAAUUGAAAGAGUCAAUAUGCAAAUACGACCAUAUGUCGGAUGCCUGGUUCAGUAUUUACCUCUCCUUUGGAAACAAAGUGAGGAGCACAAUAUGCUGAGAUGUGCUAUCCUCACCACUCUGAUUCAUCUUGUCCAGGGCUUAGGAGCAGAUAGCAAGAAUCUUUAUCCUUUCCUGCUCCCGGUUAUUCAGCUAAGCACUGAUGUUUCCCAGCCCCCUCAUGUGUACCUUCUUGAAGAUGGGUUAGAAUUGUGGCUGGUGACAUUAGAGAAUAGUCCUUGUCUUACCCCUGAACUCCUGCGAAUUUUUCAGAACAUGUCUGCUCUUAUUGAGUUAAGUUCAGAAAACCUCAGAACCUGCUUUAAGAUCAUCAAUGGCUAUAUCUUUUUGUCUCCCACUGAAUUCCUUCAGGUCUAUGCAGCUGAGCUGUGCAACUCAUUCUGUGAGGUCUUAAAGGAUAUAACUACUGAGGGUCAAGUUCAAGUGCUGAAGGUUGUAGAAAAUGUUCUCAAAGUGAAUCCAUUGCUGGGCCCUGAAAUGUUUCGACCUCUUUUGCCAUCUGUAUUCCAUGGAAUUAUAAAUGGGGAGAGAUACCCAGUUGUAAUGUCUACUUACCUGGGAGUCAUCGGUAGAGUUUUGUUGCAAAACAAAAGUUUUUUCUCACUCUUUCUGAACCAGAUGGCUUCUGAGUUUGGCCAGGAGCCGGAGCAGCUGCUUGGUCACAUGAUUGAAAUGUGGGUUGACCGCAUGGAUAACAUAACUCAGCCAGAGAGAAGAAAACUUUCAGCUUUGGCAUUACUUUCCCUUCUGCCGUCAGAUAAUAGUAUUAUCCAAGAUAAAUUUUGUGGUAUCGUAAACAUUUCAGUAGAAGGGUUACAUGAUGUCAUGACUGAAGAUACAGAAACAAGAACAUUCAAAGACUGCAUGCUGAUGUCUGUUACUGAGGAGCCAAAAGUGACAGAAGAAGAAGAGCCACCCACAGAGCAGGACAAAAGGAAAAAGAUGCUUGCACUAAAGGAUCCAGUACACUCCGUGUCGCUGCAGCAAUUUGUAUAUGAGAAGCUAAAAGCACAACAGGAAUUGCUGGGAGAGCAAGGUUUUCAGGCACUCAUGGAAACUGUGGAUACAGAAAUUGUCACACAACUACAAGAUUUCUUGCAAGGAUUCUAAAUAAGCAGAGACACGAUUUUCUACAUCUCUCUCUUCACUUCAACAUUACAAGGGCAAAAUAGACAGUCUGUCUAACUGCCAAAGGAAAAAUGCUUUAAACCAUGAGCUUCUGCUGGAUAUCGAGGAAGAGGAUAUGACACUGACUUUUUCUCAUUAAAAGACAGUUAAAAUAAUAAAUCUAAACUUUCUCCAAAUUCAUUUUACAUGCUUGUUUCAAAAGACUAAUUUAUAUAUGGGGUGAAUGAUUGCAGAAGAGAGAUUCUGUAAUGCAGGUUGUUUGAUUUACUGUUGGUAGAAUGGUGAUAGGUUUGAACUCACAGUCAUGUGCUGUUAUCGCUUAAAAGACAGUUGCUGUCUGCACAGAUAUUUCUUCAAGGAUAGCUGCUUACAUAGGCCUUACACUAUUGUUUACUAUUAUAACUAAUAAAUGUAGGGUUUUAGUACUGGAAGUGUUGGAAGGAUGUCAGGGAAAUGUGUUGUCCAUCAAGCAAGUGAAAUAGUAUAAAUAUAGCAGAAAGUUUUCUUAACUUUUCUUCUGUGGAGAGUGGAACUCUAGUCUUUUGCAUGAAGAAAACUGAUGAAGUCAUCCAAAUGUUUUAAAUUUGCUCUGUUGAGCCACACAGAACAGUUUGGGGACUUUUCUCUUGUACUUGCAGAUACCCUUUUGCUUUCAAAUGUAACACAUGGAGACAGUGAUGGUUAUCUCUAUGUGGAAGAUCCAAAUUGGUCCUUGAUCUUCUCCCUGGAUGGGGGAGAUGAAUGUAUUAUGCACCCUGAAUGAACAAGGUGACCGUAUAUAUUUUCUGUUGUAGAAAAGUGGACUUUUUAAGUGGUUAAGAAUGAUGAUCCAAACUUUACUAAUUUUAUGCAAUUCUGGAUUACUCUAAGACAACAGUAAGGGUGAAUUCUAAAUAUUCAAAUCUUCAUCUGGGAAAAUGAACAUUACAAGUCAAAGAAAGUGUUAUCCAGCGUUGUCAUAAAAGGUCAUUCAUGCCACUUCUCCUUAUCCUGCUCUUCAACCUUUUCUCACACCUCCUAUUUUAAGGAGAGCUGGGGAGGGAGGGGGCGUCUUAUGUCCACCUGUCUUCUGCUGUAAGAAAUUGUUUUUUAAGGAAUGACACUGUACUAACCAAAUGUUAGUAUAACACUUGUGGAAAUGCGGACAACUCUAUGUAACCAUGGGGGGCAAAGAUCUUGUAAACUGUAGUUUACAAAGUAUAGUAGAAAAUAAAUUCUGAGACUUCCAGACUACAAAACAGUA